AUGUUCUGGAGAUUUGGCGGAUACGCCAACAUAUCCACCAUCGAUACUAUCCUCGAAAAGCCCGAAUUUACCGUCGAAGACCUCCUCGACGAAAGCGACCUGAUUCAAGAGCUCAAGCAGCACAAUACGAAGCUUAUCGAAUACCUCCGCGAGGACAAUGUGCUCAAGACUCUGCUCGAAUAUGUCGUCGCACCCAAGUUAGAGCCCGUCGCCACCCCAGAACCAGAUGAACCCGCCGAGGAGAUCAAGGGCAAGGGUCGCCUCCUUCCCUUUUCAAGACCUCGCGCCUCAUCCCGAGCUACCGAUACCGACAACGAGGAGGAAGAGCAGGAGAAGAAGCGCAAUCGUUAUGCCUACGUUGCUGCCGAAGUCUUGUCAUCCGACACGUGGUCCAUUUACGAGGCCAUGAUGGAAAACCAAGACCUGGUGCGGGAAUUUUGGCAGUUUCUGAAGCGCCCGACGCCUCUUGACCCCCUGCAAGCCAGUUACUUUACGAAAGUCAACGAGGCUUUGUUCGACAAGAAGACGGAGGAGAUGGUUAUCCUUCUCAAAUCUCUCCCCGAGGCCGUGCCCGACUUGCUCCGUCAUGUUGAGUGCCCUAUGAUUAUGGAUCUGCUUCUCAAGAUCAUUGCCCUAGACCGCACAGAGGGCGGCCAGGGUGUUGUAGAGUGGCUAUACGGCCAAGACGUUGUGCCGACGCUGCUAUCCUGCCUCAGCCCGGAGCACAGCUGGGUUGUUCAGACAGCUGCAGGCGACUUCAUCAAAGCCAUCAUUACCAUUUCGGCCAAUGCAUCGCAAAACGAGCAGCAAUGCAUCGGCCCGAACGAACUCACCCGCCAGCUGGUGUCGCAACCCUGUGUGGAACAGCUGAUCAAGUACAUGUUAGGAGGUGGAAACCCGCUGACCGUGGGUGUCGGCAUCAUUAUCGAAGUCAUCAGGAAGAAUAACUCGGACUAUGAUCCAGACGUUGGCACCGAAGCCAACUCUGUUCCCUCGAGCCGAGACCCCAUCUAUCUAGGAACCCUCCUCCGCUUGUUUGCGCAACACAUUCCCGAUUUCGUCAACCUGAUUAUGAACAUUCCGGUGCAGAAGGGACCGUUGGAAUCGACCUUUGGCGAAAAGAUAGAGCCUCUUGGCUUCGACCGAUUCAAGACGUGCGAGUUGAUGGCCGAACUGCUUCACUGCAGUAACAUGGGCCUACUCAAUGAAGUUGGUUCCGAGGACGUGAUUGCAGCUCGAGAUGCUGAGCGUCAGCGCUUAAGAACGGAGGGUAAGCUUACCCCAAACCGUGGAGAAGAACCGCCAUCAUCUACGGAUGACUUGACGAUGCGCAUCGGUCGUUCUUCUCCCGAGGAGGGACGUCGUUUAGAGGUAACCAAUAUCUCAGACGAUGACGGAUUCGAAGAGGUUGAGCCCAGCCGCGAAAUGAACGAGGACACGUCCCACGAGUUCGUAAAAGCCGAAGAAGAGAUUCCUGUCGCUGCACCAGCCUCGUCCUUCCUGGACAGAGACGAAGACGACUUUGUGGACGAGCCGCUCAGCUCGCCCAGACUCAACGUCGCAGAUGACAAAAUCAAGGAACAACGAUUUGAUGACCCCGAUCUGGUGGUCGCUCCCCUUUCGCCCAACAAGCCAAAGACUGCUUCCAUCGAUGAGACUGCUGCAGCAGCAGCGGUUUCCGAAGCCAAGUCCGAAUUGGAGGCGAAGCCGGAUUCCGUUGAUGCCAAGAGUGAAGAGCCGGCUGCGAAAGAAUCAGAAUCUGAGAAGACUGAGAAGACUUCCGGCGCAGACGACCUGGCUGACAAGACCUCGGAUGAUGCUACCAUUAACAAGGUAGAGGAACUUUCGCUUGACGAGAAGGCUGAUCAAACGGUUGUUCCCGAGGACAAUCAGAAGGGUGACGAGUCCGACUCUUCUGUUGUCUAUACGCCUAGCGUCACCGAUUCUGAGGCGAAAACCGAGCCAGCAGAGACCGCGCCGGCAGUGCCUGAACCUCCCCAGCACCCCGAAGACAUGCCAGCCCCUCUGUUUUCCAAAUCCACCACUGAUCCUGAUGCGACUGCGGACAAGGACGAUACUUCUAAGGAGACCGAAUCCGAAGUUGAGCCAGCUCCGGAGGUUCCCAUGGCCCCUCCAGUUCCCGAGGUGCCAGAAGCCCCCGCGGCUCCAGGAACUGACGACGAUGCGACAAGGGAGGCUGGAGACCUACCGCCUGCUGUUCCCGAUCGGCCUGACCCGAACAGCGUGAAGCCUGUUGUCGGCGACUACCUCAAGGUGCAAUUUGUCGAAUACCGUGUUGUGCCCACGAUUCUGUCCUUCUUCUUUGCUUACCCGUGGAACAACUUUCUCCAUAACGUGGUAUAUGAUAUCGUUCAGCAGGUUUUUAACGGGCCUAUGGACAGAGGCUACAACCCGACCUUGGCAGUUUCACUGUUUGAGGCUGCGGAUAUCACGACGGCUAUCAUCAAGGGCCAACUCGCUAGUGACGAGUCACAGGCCAGGAUGAAGACUCGCAUGGGUUACAUGGGACAUCUCACUCUCAUCGCUGAAGAGGUGGUGAAGUUUACGGAACGUCACCCUCCCGAACUCUUGUCUGAGACUGUUCUUGAACGGGUUAUGGACCCGCGAUGGAUCAGCUAUGUGGAAGGCGCCCUCGCCGAAACUCGCGAGCGAGACAACGCCAUUCUCGGCGGAGUCCGUCCCGAGGUGGCUAUGGGUAACCGGGCCGGCAUGUCUGGCAAUGGGCUGGCAGCAGUCGGUCUCUCUGGCCUGGGAUCGUCCUUUUCCAACUCCCAGAGCAAUACUGGCUCCAACGCGCUCGCUGAUGCAGGACUCAACGGUAACGCAGACCUUCAAGAAAGCAGCGGUAACGGUAUUGGGCCAUUCGCCAUCAGCUCAGGCACUCUCAUGUCUGGCUUCGGCAGCUCCAGUGAUGAGGAGGACGAGGGGGAAGAAGAGAACGAAGACGAUGUCAACAAUGAGUUCCGGGCUUAUACCGAUCCAUUGAACAACACCUCAUCGUCUCUCAACCCGCCAUCGAUCCCUCCGCCUCCGCCGCCGCCGCCGCCAUUGAACAACCCUCCUUCUAGAGCGCGGUUGCAGCUUGCGGCUCGUUUGGCUAUGCACCAGAAGAACCAGGCCGCUGCUUCUCAAGAAGACGACGACGACGACGACAAGGGCGAGUCUGGUGAGGGCGAGCGGCUAGAGAACCCGUUUGCCGAUGACGAAGACGACGAAGAAAAUUCGAGCGACGAGGACGACGAAGACCGUCAUGGCCCAGGGGCAGCGGCAGCUGUUGCAGGUGCCUGGGGUCAACCUGGAAGUGGGUCGUGGUGGCGAGGGGUGGGACGUCAGGGGCGGCCACGAUUUGACGGACAAGAUGAUUCGGACGAGGAAGACGACGAUGAGGAGUUUGGUGAUUUUGCCAUGCCCGAGGUGGAGCCAGCGCCGGGUACGGAUCCCAACGAGAAGGUGAUUCUAAAGCCUCUCGCGGUACACCCGCCGCAGGGUGCUUCAGGAGGCAAAGCCUUCAGCGGUUUGUGGCCGUUUGCAGGUAAGAAGGAUGGCAAGGACGAUGGUGAGAAGGGGCCACCGGAAGAGACGGCGACGGGAGACGACGAGAAGCCGAUCCAGGCGGCCGUCGAGGCUGCUCGGCGGACGAGCAUCGAAGAUCCGGAUGACGAUGAAGAGGUUGUGGUGCAGAAGCCGACAAGCCUCUGA